CAGCAGCAAGGAACUCAACUCAGCCAGCUCAUCCUGGGGUAUUCAAAUUACCCUUCCAAAUCUUGGACCCCCAGCUGCCCUCCACUGGUUCAGCUCUGAUGCUUCUCAGGGGGCCCCCAAAGUUGGAUCAGGACUAGGCAAGAGGGUUUUCAGCAUUUAAGGGGACAAAGAAGAAAAAUAAUGGAACUUCCAAGGGGGCCUCUUUCUACUGUAAGCUCCCAAACCACUUCUCACAUCCAGGUUAGCUGCCUCUCCUUUCUCCACUGCCUUCCCUUCUUCAGAUUUACUCCAACCUGCCCUCAAAGGCGGGAAGUCGCCCUCUUUCCUUAGCACCAUCAGGCAAACAGAACACCAGCCCAUUCUUUUCUUUUUCCUCUUUUUGCUUUUGGUCUUAAAGCAUGUUUCUGUUCAUCACUGGUGCGUGCAUGCAUGUGUGUGUGUGUGUGUGUGUGUGUGUAAGGGGAGGGGAGACAAGAUUUUAAGUAAUCAAAGAUUUAACAUCAUAGUCUUAUAAUCCUUUGGUAGGAGUUUCUUUUUGCUUUGUUAUUUUGACUGCUACUCUCUGGCCUCCCCCUUUAAACCUACUCAAGGUCUGAGGAUGGGACAAUAGGUGUCUCUGGUCUGUAUGUUCCUCAGCCCCUGCCCCUCCUGGGGAAAGAGGCUAGACCUUGAAGAGGUUUGGCCACAGAUUCCCCUGGAAGGGGUGUGAGUGGUCAGACAGGUGACUGAGAGCUGGGACGCCUGAGGCCUGCCCUAACUGAGUCACCACGUUGUUGUUGUUGUCACUAUUCUUGUUGAAGUCUCUGCUUAGCACCCCAGAGUUCUGUGGAAGCAGCAGCUCCCAUCCUUCCAAGCAUUUCCAGAGAAGCUACUGCCUGAUGGACCCUCCUGGGCUGCGGAUAGGCCCUCUGAUCCCUGAGCAGGAUUAUGAGCGCCUGGAAGACUGUGACCCUGAGGGGUCCCAAGAUUCACCCCUCCAUGGGGAGGAGCAGCAGCCCCUGCUCCAUGUGCCUGAAGGGCUUCGAGGUGACAGCCAAGUCCCAAGAGUCUCCUCUCUGUACCCAGGCUCCUGGCACCACAUCCAGAACCUGGACAGCUUCUUCACCAAGAUCUAUAGCUACCACCAGAGGAAUGGCUUUGCCUGCAUCCUGCUGGAGGAUGUCUUCCAGUUGGGACAAUUCGUCUUCAUUGUUACCUUCACAACCUUCCUCCUUCGAUGCGUGGAUUACAACAUCCUCUUCGCCAAACAACCAAACAACCGGACGAGACCUGGGUUGCUCCACAGCAAAGUAACCUUGGCAGAUGCCAUACUAUCCUCCUCCCAGUGUGCCCAGCGGAUCCGUUCCAGCGCCCUGCUGGUCUUCCUGCUGAUCCUGGCUGCAGCCUUCUGGCUGUUACAGCUGCUUCGCUCAGUUUGCAACCUCUUCAGCUACUGGGACAUCCAGGUGUUUUACAGGGAGGCCCUGCACAUCCCCCCGGAGGAGCUCAGCUCGGUGCCCUGGGCCGAGGUGCAGUCCCGCCUGCUGGCGCUGCAGAAGGGCGGGGGAUUGUGCGUGCAGCCGCGGCCGCUCACCGAGCUCGACGUCCACCACCGCAUCCUGCGCUACACUAACUACAAGGUGGCGCUGGCCAACAAGGGCCUGCUGCCGGCCCGCUGCGCGCUGCCCUGGGGAGGCAGCGCAGCUUUCCUCAGCCGCGGCCUGGCGCUCAACGUCGACCUGCUUCUCUUCCGCGGGCCCUUCUCGCUCUUCCGCGGGGGCUGGGAGCUGCCCGACGCCUACAAGCGCAGCGACCAGCGGGGCGCCCUGGCGGCGCGCUGGCGGCGCACGGUGCUGCUGCUGGCCGCCAUGAACCUGGCGCUGAGCCCGCUGGUGCUGGCCUGGCAGGUGCUGCACGCCUUCUACAGCCACGCCGAGCUGCUGCGGCGCGAGCCGGGGGCGCUGGGGGCGCGCCGCUGGUCCCGCCUGGCCCACCUGCAGCUGCGCCACUUCAACGAGCUGCCGCACGAGCUGCGGGCGCGCCUGGCCCGCGCCUACCGCCCGGCUGCCGCCUUCCUGCGCGCCGCCGCGCCCCCCGCGCCCCUGCUCGCGCUGCUGGCCCGCCAGCUCGUCUUCUUCGCCGGCGCGCUCUUCGCCGCGCUGCUGGUGCUCACCGUCUACGACGAGGAUGUGCUGGCUGUGGAGCACGUGCUCACCGCCAUGACCGCGCUCGGGGUCACGGCCACCGUGGCCAGGUCUUUCAUUCCGGAAGAGCAGGGCGGGGGUCGUUCCCCGCAGUUACUGCUGCAGGCGGCUUUGGCGCACAUGCACUACCUCCCCGAGGAGCCCGGCCCUGCCGGCAGGGCCAGCGCUUACCGGCAGAUGGCGCGGCUGUUGCAGUACCGGGCGGUGAGGUCCGGCCCGAAGGGGGGCUGCGGGGAUACCCGACCCCAGGCGCCCCAGGCGCCCGGGAGAAGGCUUGGGACAAACGGGGACUCGGCUCGGGGCUGGUCAUCCCGGGAGCCCGCAAGUGAUGGGCUUAGAGGUUUGCGGCACCUGCGAACGUCCCUGGGGACCUCGAGGUUCUGGUGGCGAGCGCGCGGGGGGGGGGGGGGGCUUCAAGAACCCCUUCUCCGCCUCUCCUUGCCUCCCCAGGUCUCCCUCCUGGAGGAGCUCCUGUCUCCCCUCCUCACUCCGCUGUUUCUCCUCUUCUGGUUCUGCCCGCGUUCCCUGGAGAUCAUUGACUUUUUUCAUCACUUCACUGUGGAUGUGGCUGGCGUUGGGGACAUCUGUUCCUUUGCCCUCAUGGAUGUGAAGCGCCACGGCCACCCUCAGUGGCUCUCGGCAGGACAGACAGAGGCCUCCCAGUCUCAGCGCGCAGAGGAUGGAAAGACUGAGCUCUCCUUGAUGAGGUUCUCCCUGGUACAUCCACAAUGGCGCCCCCCAGGGCACAGUUCCAAGUUCCUGGGGCAACUUCGGGGCAGGGUACAACAAGAUGCAGCGGCCUGGGGUGCCACCUCUGUUCGUAGCCCCCCCACCCCUGGGGUGCUCAGCGAUUCUUCCUCACCUCUGCCUGAGGCCUUCUUGGCCAACCUCUUGGUGCAGCCCCUCCUGCCCCCACGGGACCUGAGCCCCACAGCACCCUGCCCAGCUGCUGCCACAGCCAGCCUCCUGGCCUCCAUUUCCCGCCUUGCCCAGGACCCGAGCUGUGUGUCUCCAGGAGGCACUGGGGGCCAGAAGCUGGCCCAGCUUCCAGAGCUUGCUUCUGCUGAGAUGAGUCUUCAUGCCAUUUACCUGCACCAGCUCCAUCAACAGCAACAGCAGGAACUGUGGGGUGAGGCUUCAGCCUCUUCCUUGUCCAGACCCUGGUCCAGCCCCUCCCAGACACUCUCACCAGAUGAGGAGAAGCCAUCCUGGUCAAGUGAUGGCUCCAGUCCUGCCUCCAGCCCCAGACAGCAGUGGAGAACCCAGAGGACUGAGAAUUUGCUCCCUGGAAGGUUUCAGGAGACCACAGACACCCAGAAGGAGCCUGGCCAGGCCCCUGGCACUGACUGAGAGGGCUCCUCAGGGUUUCCUGGCUUCUCCAGCUAUAGGAGAUCAGACAAGGUGGAGUGGAAGGACAUGACGCCGAGCCCUCUUUAGAGACCCCCACAGACUGGAGGCCUAAGGACCCUUUAGUUGGGAAGGACUUGGGGGAGGUCAGUGAUGAGCUCACCCCAGAGAGCACAGAAAGGGUAGGAGAGGCGAUGCCAAAAGAUCUGGAAACAAGUCUUAGAGAUGAUCCCCAUCUGGAAGGCUAAGGGGACACCACCCCAACCAGCUGUUCUUGCUGUUGAUUGCCAGGGAAGCAAUCCCCAGGUGUCCUCAGGGCAGAGGACAGUGCCAAGGCGGAGGUCUAGCUAUAUGUAAGGGAAACAAUGAGGGACGGGACCUGAAUGGCAGUGGGCUCUUCAAGCUGGCCUGACCUUUAGGGUCCCAUGGGACUUGUGGAAGGGGGCCAUGGGGACUUGUAAGUGGAAAGACUACAGAGGGCUGAUGUUUUUGGAGUUUGGCAGUGCUGUGACGUCUGAGGAAGUGGGUGUGGCUCCUCAUCCUGUCUGAAACACGCAGUAAAAGUUGUUGCUCAUGGCUGUGUCGCACAUCACCGUGACCGUAGCCUCUGGCAUUCCCACUCCUGACAGCUGAGGGAUGUACCUGCUUCUCAAUCAAGAGCGAGGAAGCAACACAGAACUGUCUGUGCUUGGCUGGAAACCACAUUUCUAGAGCACUGGGUCAGAGUAGAGUAUGUAGGGUAGGGCUCCCUGUCAGAAUUACCAUGACCAUCAUCUGCACGAAUUAAAAGACAAAGCUUGUU